AUGGCUGAUGUCGAAAGCGCCGGCGUGGACGAUUCGUUCGCGCAAUCCGAAACCCAUGAUGAACAGCAAAUCCACAACAUGACGGUCGGCACGAGACGCCAACCAAAUGGCACAAUAGGAUCAGUCUAUUCCGGAAACAAAAUCAGACAUUUGAAGAAAGAAGACGGCAUUCCCCUCUGGCGCAAAGACAUCCAGUUUCAGUUCCUCAAGCUUGUGUUUGAAGACAAGACACAGGUCUUUACCCGUUGGCCCGAUGGAGAGAAAAACUUGGACUUUGCGGAUAUCUAUAUCGAUGCUAUGGCUAGGAGUAGCAAAACCAGCAAGAUCCUUAAGGACAAGCUGCAGAGCGACAAACAGGCUGCUAUCAGCAUGGCCAUGGUUUGCCUACUGGUUAACUUUGGAAGAAUGAAUACGACACUCAAUUUCUUCCCCGAAAUGCGUGCUCAGCUCCGAACCUACCACUCCAUCCCUUCCUUACAAGCGCAUCAAGACCCCAACGCCUAUAAGCAGCUUCAGGAUGCCCCCCGCCUCAAAUCCAUCCUGAAGGGUGCUUCUGAAGACGUGGAUCAACCAAAUACUCUAGAUAAGAUCAAACGGGAAAACGUCCCCCGUACCAACCCGGUGAACCUGAUAUUCGUCCUUGCGCAAUAUGCACCAAAAGUGUCCGAGAUGCACUUCUUCCCUCCCCGAGAUUUCUUUGAUCUUGUCAUGCGAUCCACUUUGAGCAGUCAAACCCGGGCGAGGGCUUUCCUAUGGCUCAUGUGGUGGUAUCUGGAGAGUGACUUCUCGCAUGAGGCUGCCCUCAAUAACCCUUUCGGUCCAGGUCUAGAAGGUGAAGGAACAGGGGGUUUGCCGAUUAAAGUUCCCUCUUUCGAUAUCCUCACCGAAGAGCAGGCAAAUGAGGAGAACGUUGACACUCCGUCCGAAAUUGAGUAUGGCGAGGAGAAACGACUAGAACGCAAGAGGAUCUUAGAGGAAGAGGAGCCAACUCCAAGAGCGCCGAAGCGUCCUAAAAAAUUGCCGUACUGGGAAUUUAUGUUCUUGAAGCAACUCGAUCCAGGCACUAAAAUUCAAGGCCGUCAAUAUAACGCCAAGGGAGACGCAUACAGGGCUGGGACAGACUCUGAUGACCUUAUUGAGUGGCGAAACCCUGAUGGGUCAAUCCGUUCUACGAUGAAGAUGCCUAGAGAGGAGGAUUAUGGCUACCAGGGUGCCGUUAUCGAAGGCCCGUCGCCUCGCAUUGUCCUGAGGACAAAGGUGGAACAAACACCCGAUGCCUCCCCAGCACCCCCAGGAACUGGCCAUCCUGUCCUGAACCGAUUUGUCACGGAAGCCUCCCCGCAUCAUCAUCAAAGUUCAAGUCGACGGCCCCGGCCACUUACCCAACACCAAUUGGCUGUUGAGAGGAACCGUCGGCAACGAAUUGAAUACAUCUUGGCCAAACGGAAAGGUGACGCAUAUCGCAUGCUCCGGGCGAAGAGAGUGCACGAGAUGCCUUUUACCCGCUACGGGCGUCUACUGCAGAAUCUGCCAGAUGGUUAUGACACGGAAGAUGAUAAGUCUUGGGGCAAGGGAGGACUUCUACCGAAUCCGGAAGAAGAAGAGGACUUUGGCGAAUGUGCAAAUUAUUACUUGUCAGUUAUCCGGAAAGCUUCCAGACGGUUGGACCGAUGGGACUACGAAAAUGCCAAUGGGCCAAGGAGAGACCGGAAGAAGGAACGGGAAGAGCGUCAGAAAGCAAGAGAGGAGGCUUUGGUCUUUGACGACGACAUUGACGGGAAGACAUCUUCUCGAAGUAGAGCUCGGGCGCAGCGCAAUGCUAAACGCAAGCUCGCUCGAGCUGCCGCCGCGGCGGGGGGCACUACUCCAUCGGCAGCUACUUCGAAAACAGCCGCAUCCCGUUCGAAAGGCAACCGGAACAGAGCCCAAAAGGGCGCGGCAGCAACCUCUCUUGGUGCAAGCGCGGGAUUGGACACUCCAAGUGGGGAGGGCGCACUCUCGCCUGCUCCUGAAGGAGAAGAGGGCCUCGAUGAUAUUGAUCGGGAGCUUCUGGGCGAAGGUAGUGGCGACGAGGAUGACAUUCCUUCCCGUGGACUCGAGGUCUCGGGCGCCGGUGAGGGAGGGUACGAAGAUAGUUUCUUAGGCGGGGAUGCUGACGAAGACGCCGACGCUUUGUCUUCUGACGAAGAAGAUGAGGAUGGAGAAGACGAGGAUCUCGAUGACGGUGAUGUCGACAUGGAUGUCGAGGGCGAGGCAGAUGAUAAUUCGUCCAUACCCGAUGGUCCUGCGCGAUACGCCGCGAGUGACGCUUCGGGGGUCGACAUGGCAAACGACUACUAG